ACGGCAGCAUCAACAUUAAUUAAAAUGAAUAUACAUAAUAAUAUUUUUAAUACGAUUUUUCUACAACAAUUACAAAUGAGACUAAGGCAUUUUGCCACAGACGUUUAAUUACGAAAAUGGCCGCGUCUAUUUAUGCCACCCCACCGCCGGACUUAAGCAGCGAGGACACUGCACUAUCUGAUGUCUCGAAUGCAUCAUCCCUGCAUAAUCGCAGCAAUAGCAACAACAACACCAACAGCAACAGUAAUAGUAACACCAACACAAACACCAGCAAUAACAAUACAACAACAAGCAACAACAACACAGCGAGUACUAAUACAAUAACAAAUAAGCAAAAACGCAACAUCGCCGAAGUCCUAGUCAGUGGUGAAAGUCAAAGAAGCCCAACAGAGCAACAGUCACCAAAACGAUGUGCCACAGCAUCACCAAAAACAACUAACGGUAUAAGCGGAAGCAUUACAAGUGCCGCAAUUAGCGAAGAGGAGGUCGUUGAUGGUAGUUCAACGCAUGAUGAAGGGGCCGCGGACCAAUACGCUGACAUGUCAACGACUCUGACGGCCGACGGUGGCCCCUCCGCGGCAGCAAUGGCAGCUAUGGCAGCGGCAGCAGCCAAUGCAGCAGCUAUGCAAUUGCAAUUUCUCGAAGCGAUCAACGAUGCAGCAAAGAAGCGACGUAAGCAGAAUAAUCCCAGUCGUGUGGGCGCUCAGGCUGCAGCAGCAGUGGCAGCAGCGGCGGCGGCAGCGGCGGCAGGUUUGAGUUUGAAUAAGGGCACUGAGAGUGCACUAAUCAAUGUGGAUGAAGCUGAAGCCGUUAUUGAAGAUAAGACAGAAAUUGGGGCAGACAGCGUGGAGUCAAUAGCAUCAGCAGCAGUGGCAUCUAACACUACACCAACAAAAGCACUGCCAAUCGACUAUGAAGAUAAACUAUCAAAAAUGUUUUUACCAAAAUCAAUGGAACAGUUAAAGGACACAUUUGAAAUGUUGCAGCAGAAGCAGCAGCAGCAACAACAACAAGAGCAGCAACUUGGAAACAUAUCAACAGCAGACAGCGUUUUGACACGUGCCGAGGACUAUGCAAACACGCCACACAUUAUUAUACCAAAAACUGAAAGAGACUCAGACGCAAUUGUCAUUAAUGAGGAAGUAAAUGACAGCAGUUCGCCGAAGCCACAAGAGUCCGCUGAUGAGCUGAGAAAUCCUUAUCAGACAUUUUGUAAAACUUGUGGCGAGAACUUUGAAACCGAAUUUAAAUUAGGCCUCCAUAUGCUGCAAGAGCAUCAAAGUGAUGGAGAGACGCAGCAGCAGCGCGCCCUUAGCGCAACGGAAAAUGGUCAGCCGAAAACAGGUGAGCUUAUUGCAUAUGACAGAAUGUCCGCAGUGAACGUUAAAAUGGAGCGUCCAGACUAUGAAAGCUCCGACUCACCACCCACAAAUGUCAGGCCCACUGGCGAUCCCAAUGAUAAUGCCGGAUCUAACCUACUUAUGAACGGCAAAGAGUCUUGGCUGAAUGCCAUGCCGGGUAUGGGGUUUCCUUUUCCGCCAGAGGCCGCAGCAGCUGCAGCACUCUCAGCCAGUGGCUAUCUACCGCUCCUUGGCAUGUCUGGAUUUUCCACCGUCGAUGGCCUGAAUCGUCCGCCGAUGCGUAUUUUCAAUCCCGAAGCGUACUGUGACCUCUGCAAUAAGGAGUUUUGCAACAAAUAUUUCCUAAAAACGCACAAAGCCAACAAGCACGGCAUCUAUGAUCCCGCGGUCGCUGCGGGAGCUGAUAGUGGUGCCAACAAUACUGGUGGCAGUAUGAGUACUAUGACACAGAUGUUGCAAUUGCAAAUGCAACAACAACAGCAGCAGCAACAACAACAUCAAAGCCUGCAUCAUUUUCAGCAAAAACAACAAUUAGCAUUAGAAGAGGCGCAGAAACAACAGCUCAGCAGCCAACAAGCCGCUAACGGCACUCUUCCACAACAAAUCACACCGCCCGCUCCACCACCCAUCUACUGCGAUAUUUGCUCAAAACGUUUUACGAAUGUCUUUGCUAUGCGCCGCCAUCGUGCCAAGGCUCACGAACAGCCGCGCAACAGUCCCGGUGAACAGACAAAUCUCACACCACCGACUCAGCAAACAAUUGUUCAGUCGAACAAAUUAGACUCGCCGUCUACAGUUGCUCAAAAUGAAUUGAAAAACGAUUCACCUAAUACCAAAUCCCCAACAGAACUCGCUACCAAACCGUUCCAAAUGCCCGACGGCUUCCGCCAAGACUUCACACUGGAGCAGGAAGAAGUGGCUUUUACGCCACAACCGCGAAAACUUUCGCCGCAAUCGCAACAGCAGGCACGCGAUGCCAAUUUUUCACACGACAAACUACGUCGCCUUGGCGUGCUUAAUCCAGAAGCUUUUUGCGAGAUCUGUUGCAAAGAAUACUGCAACAAAUACUUUUUGCGUACGCACAAAUGGAAGCGUCACGGCAUAUUUGUGCCACCCGACGAUCUCAAGGAUGACCAAUUGCAACUGGCGCAGAAAAUGCCAUGGUCUUUCAUGGGUCUGCCUGGCAUGCCACUGAACUUAAUGAUGGCCAACGAUAAGGCGCUGAUGGCCCAACGGAUGUUCGCUGCUGCCACUGCAACCGCUACUGCCGGCGCAAAUGCAACCAAUUUUGCGACCAAUGUAAGCACUGACGAUGCCACUCAACACAUAGCCAAACGCAUCAAGCUCGAACAAGUGGAUGAAGAGCUGUCUAGAGCUAAUGAUGAAAAUCAAGAGAAUAAAUGCUCCAGCGUUCGUCAGUCCGCCGAACAGCAGCAGCAACAACAAAUCGCUUCUCACAGUGUGCCAUCUACGCCAGAGCCACAAAAGAUCUUAUCUGAGUCCUACAAUUCGGGUGCUAAUAUGCCUGCCAGUCCGGAGGCCGCAGUUGGUUUGCAAAAUCUACAAAAACUGCAGUCAAUGAUACAACAACUCAACGACCUGAAUGGAAAACGUUCGAUGGGGUGUCAUCUCUGUGGCCGUGAGAUGGAGAAUCAAUACGCACUACAGGUUCACAUGAUGACCGAGCAUGCUGGGUUCCUCGAAGGCAGUAGCACAAUGCCACUGAACUUUCAACAACAUAUUUUUCAACAACAGCAACAAUUGCAAGCACAACAAGAACAGCAGCAACAGGCACUCAAACUUUCACCCUCCGGUUCGCCGGGCAUUUUGCCGCAACACAAUGAGAUGCGCUGCAAUCAGUGCGACCGCGACUUUACCACUCUACAAGAAUUCAAGCAACAUAUCGCCGAAGUUCAUUUGCUUCCCGGCAGUCCACUGCGUGAAGGUUUCAUUACGCCUGAGCGUCCCAUAAAUACGAACGCGGCAGUGAUGGGUUCGCGCCCACCCUACACUAUCACACCGACUAGCAGUUACUGCGAGAUCUGCAACAAGGAGCUGUGCAACAAGUACUUCAUGAAGACCCACAUGCAGCGUAUGCACGGCAUCGAGAUCGAGAAUGGCGCCCAGAUUGGUGGCGUAGUCUGCAACAUUUGCAAUAAAGAGCUUUGCAGCAAGUAUUUUUUACGUGUCCACAAGCAAAACACGCAUGGAAUUGUCGAUGAAGGUGCUCCAUUGCCACAACCACGCCAAAACGGUUUGAGUUUCGAGGCACAACAGCAACAGCAGCAGCAACAACAGCAACAACAGCAACAGAUGCACUCCGCUGAAAACGACUUCAAAUGCGGUCUUAACUUGAGCCCCUUCGGUAGCGCUAGCUCGGGUGACUCCAAGUCUGAUUACGCCAAUUAUACGGAGAUCUGCACAAUCUGCACACGACGAUUCAGAAGCGCAAAGUGGCUGCGCGCUCAUUUACAAAGCGACCAUGGUCCGGCAGGUGUAGAAAAACUACGCGAGAUGGAACAACAGUUAGGUCCACUAAGUAAAUCUUCGAGUCCUACGCUCAAAAUACCAAAUGGCUCAGCCAGUUCCGGCUCCAACACUACGCCAGCCAAUACCACAGCUGGGUUAUUAACGAGCCCAUCAAAUCUGGCUCAAGCUCUACAAAAUCUCAAUGCCCAACACUUACUCGGUAGCAUGCCGAAGAAUAUGUUGCCGGGCAUGUUUGGAGCAGUAGCCGAGCAAGCACUGCAAUCCCCACGUUUGCAAGAGUACCAGUGCUCUAUGUGCCCCUUCACAACACCUUACUACGCAUUUCUAUUCAUACACGAACGUUCGCAUACUCUAAUCGGUGGUACCGGAGAAGAAAACACUGCUACAGUCGAGCAAUUGGUGCCCAACUGCAAUAUGUCUGAUGAAGUUAACGGAGGAAAUGAGGUCAAACCGCAAUCUGAUGUGGACGUAUCAACCAAAGCUCAACUAGUACCAUUAUUACAAACCAACAAUACGGUUUCAGGGGGCGGACGUGUUGAACCUACUAAUUUGUCAACACGCACGGGCACACCAACUGGCUCGACGGGCAAAUCGAAAUCGUCGAAAGAGAGCAAAGCAAAACAAGCAGAAACCAAAGAGAACCAAAAGGUAUUCGGUAACACAAAACCGACAUUGCAGACCAAAGUGGAAAAAACCCGAUCUAUCGCCACAUCCCCCAUAUUGAUGGCGAGCUUCAAUUCCGUUGCACAGGCAAAGCUUCAUGAGUUAGCGCAUAAUAGUGGAAAAGUGGCAACUUAUGCUGUACCGAAAGAUAUCGCUGCUGACGGUAUGGAUGAGGACGAACCACAAAUGCAGGCUUUCGUAUUGGAAAUGAAAUCGGAAAGAUUCGAAAUUGCUAAAGAGGUUGAUGGCGCGGAGAUUGAGGAGGAGCCAAGUAACAGGUUUGUGCCAGCUAUAGUAUAUUUGCCCGUUAGGAAACGUGUCUCAGGGCCUGUAACGGUAUCCUUUAACUUGACGCCAGCUUAGAGCUCAAAAGCGAGUAGUUUACGCAAUUAGCAUGAUAUGUUGCCAGAUUAUAACUUUUUACGUAAAUAAUUAAGUUUAAGUUUUCGAAAAAUUCUAAUUGGAAAGUAACCAUUUUAAGGUUUUGAUAAUCUAAAGUAUAAUAAUUUAAAAUAAAG